AUGGCAGCCAAAAAGAAAAAAGCAACUGCGGCUCCUGCAUCUCGACUUCCAGCAGGAACCGUGUCUUUAUCAACCUCCAAGGUGGAAGAUAGAGCGCCGUCUGCAAAAAAUGAAGAAUUAUCCAUCAGUCCUCAACAAGUCGAAGAGAUGCAGGAAUCGUGGCCUUUGCAGGCGCCCAUGAUUGAAUAUGAGAGCUGCGAGGAGAAGUGUGCUGGGUGGGGCUCGAAUACAGGCUCUGAGAGCGAAGAUUUCCUCGACGAUGAUAUGGAUUUUUUGCCGACGGGCUGGGGAAAAAAUGAUAAGCAGUCGAGUGAAGAUAUGGAGAGAGUAGAAAUUGCUAGGAAAGCCAAGAUGAAGAAGAAGAAAUCUCAUGGAUCCGCACUAGUGGUAGCAGCUUGUCGAGAGAAAACAGUUAAGGCUUCAGAUCGAAAGGUGGAGUUGUCUCGCACACUUGUCGAGUUGACAAAGCCUUGCGCCAAUACAGAGAUUAUCGAGACUGCGCUGGAGGUAACUUGUCAUACAGCCGAGCAAGUCGUCAGCGGAAGUGUCGUCGAUGGUGUCAAUGUGGUCAGGUCAACGAGUUCCCUCGAUAAUUCUUGCGUCUUAUGCACCUCUCGAUCCUCAGAAAUUGUGACGAGUAACACUACAAUCACGAAAUCAACAGUACAAGAACCAGAGCCUAACAUCAAAUUGAUGGAGAAGAUGGCCCGACAAGAGCGUGAUUUGAAGUCUGCGAAGACACAAGCUGGCUCCUUGCGUGCCGAGAUCGAAGUUCUGAAUCAAAAGCACAGGCUGGAAAUGCAAAAGCAAUUGGAUCAGCUCAAUGAAAGCCAUCGAAAGGAGAUGGACGCGAUGAAAUUGGAUCUCGAGGAAGCGCAAACGGUACGACAGAAAGCUUUAGCUGAUUUGCAGAGGGUUGAGGAGAAAAACUUGACUAUUAGAAUGGAUAGGAAAGAGCUCAAUUCAAAGCUUGGAGCUGUGAACAGAGAUGCAGUGAGAUUCAAAAAUAACAUCGUAGCAUUGGAAGCACAAAGCAAUCAUGCACUUAAAUUGGCAGAGUCUUUUUCAAAACUGGUAGAAGAUCUGACACGAAAGGCCAAAGCCACCGAACUGAGGCUAGACGCAGAGCAGGCAAACACUAGUGCGACAUUACUGCAGCAGAACUCAAAAUUACUAGACGAAAAUCGCAGAUUGAAACAGCAGCAGUCACAAUCAACUGCGACUUCUUCCAACCGCCUGAAACAGUUGCAACAGAAGUACGAUAGUCUGGCGAGCACUUAUCACAGUGUUAUCGCUCAACGUGAUAAGCUACGUGACAAUUUAAUCAGGUCCCAGCGCCAAUGCCAAGUAUGGAAGGAUGAGGCGGAAUACUACAACACGAGUCGGGAUGAUCGUCGGGCAGAACUAGACGAAGUUGCUAAGGAGCUCACUAAGAUGACGGCCAAAUAUGAGAAAGCUGUCUACAACUGCAACUGGGAACAACAAAACUACGACAAAUUGAAACAGACCUACGAUAUUGUGGAACCAUUGGUGAAGAUAGGAGCAGAUAUUCGAUUACGUUUUCUGGACCAAGCACGAGAGGCAGCACUCAGUAUCUCCUGGUGUGAGGCAGAUAUGGCUUUGAGAACCAAUGGUAAUGUUGCUGCUCACAGGGGUAAUGCGGCUGCCGAUGCGACAUUAUUCAAGGGUAAGCUUAUCCCGGAAGAGUACAAAGAAGAGGCCGAAGAGAUCUUUGAAAAGUUAUACAACCAUAAAUCUAGCGACUACCCAUUCUUUGAUAGGAUCUCCGAAAGACAAAACGACUGUGAAGCAACAUUGGCUACAAUAACAAAAUCUAGUGUAUCGGCAACUCUGCGUGAGGAGUGGCGCGUGAUAUGGAAUAGAAUUGUUCACGGUCCGGUCAACAAAAAAAUGAUCUUGAUUGAAGAACUGGAAAGGUUAACCGACGAGAUAGUGGACUUAGAACGUUCAAAUCGUCGUCGCAGAUAA